UCGGAAAACACGCCGCAAAUCAUUGCUAGCAGUAAAGGCCUAUGGACGUAUUUUACAUGACGGCUACAGUGCAGUUUUCCAUUCAGGGGAACAUAUCCCGUGACAAUAACGGACUCCUCCAGGCACUCCAAGACAUCUGAGCCUUCAGCCUGGAGUGCUCUUGGAUCACAAGCUUCUGAAGAGCUCAUUGGAAAGGAAGAGUUUUAUUGCGGGUGAGGCACGUUUAACGACGCUUCAGGAGUCGCACAGCAGGGGCCAAUGGGAGUGUGGAAGCUGGCCAAGGUGGUGCUCGGAUGGGCCGCGAUCUGGUGGGCCGCGGUCCAUUCGGCGCAGGCGCAAGGAGAUGGAGACAUCCAGGCCAGUCGAUUCACUGGAAAACCUGAGGGGGAGGUGCAACAGAGGGUCCGUCGGAGAGGCCAGGAGUCCCUCAGGGGGCCCAACGUAUGCGGUUCCCGCUUCCACUCCUAUUGUUGUCCGGGAUGGAAAACGCUUCCUGGAGGGAACCAGUGUAUAGUUCCCAUCUGUAGGAACUCGUGUGGGGAUGGCUUUUGCUCGAGGCCUAACAUGUGUACCUGCUCCAGUGGUCAUCUUGCCCCUAGCUGUGGUGCGGCCGCAGUCCAGUCCUGCAGCGUCAGAUGCAUGAAUGGAGGGGUCUGUAAUGAAGAUGCCUGCUCGUGUCAGAAGGGCUACACAGGAACUCACUGUGGACAGCCUGUGUGUGAGAGCGGAUGUCAAAAUGGUGGCCGUUGUAUUGGACCCAACAGAUGUGCUUGUGUCUACGGUUUUACUGGGCCACAGUGCGAGAGAGACUACCGGACCGGGCCUUGCUUCACACAAGUCAACAACCAGAUGUGCCAAGGUCAGCUGAGCGGCAUCGUGUGCACCAAGACGCUGUGUUGCGCCACCAUCGGGCGAGCGUGGGGUCACCCAUGUGAGAUGUGCCCUGCCCAACCCCACCCUUGCAGAAGAGGUUUCAUCCCAAACAUCCGCACCGGUGCUUGCCAAGAUGUGGACGAGUGUCAGGCCGUCCCAGGACUAUGUGCUGGAGGAAACUGCAUUAACACCGUGGGCUCUUACGAGUGCAAAUGUCCCGCGGGUCACCGGCAAAGUGAGACCAACCAGAAGUGCGAAGAUAUCGACGAAUGUGCAACUAUAUCAGGAGUGUGUGACGGCGGGGAAUGUACCAACACUGCCGGCAGCUAUGUGUGCACCUGUCCGCGGGGAUACAUCACCAGCGCAGACGGCUCCAGAUGUGUCGAUCAUCGGGUCGGUACGUGUUUCUCGUCGUUGGCGAACGGCCGCUGUGCGAGCGAACUGUCCGGUCAGUACACCAAGAUGCAGUGCUGCUGCGACACAGGCCGCUGCUGGGCCCUCGGACACAUCCCGGAGAUGUGCCCCGUUAGAGGAUCCGAUGAAUACAGGCGACUGUGCAUCCAGAGGCUUCCGUUUGCCACCGGUAACAGUGGCGGCAUCAUCCACGACGGCAAUGGCGGUCUGAACAUCGGCAGCUACGGCAAAGGUCCCUCACAGAAUGGAAACGGCGGUGGCUACAUUUAUGGCGGCGAGCACGGAAUCGGAAACGGAAAUGGUGGCAACGGCGGCCCAAAGAUUCAGAUCAGCCAACUGAAUGAGACGACGAUCGACGUGUGCAAACAUUUCACCAACCUGUGCCUGAACGGCCGCUGCAUUCCCACACCGACCAGCUACCGCUGCGAAUGCAACAUGGGAUACCGGCAGGACGUGCGCGGGGAAUGCAUCGAUGUAGACGAGUGCAUCAGUAACCCAUGUGUGAAUGGAGACUGCGUCAACACACAAGGAUCGUAUCACUGCAAAUGUCACGAGGGAUAUCAGGGAACUCCCACCAAACAGGCCUGCAUUGACAUUGACGAGUGUAUCGUUAACGGAGUUAUGUGCCGUAACGGACGCUGCGUGAACACGGAUGGAAGUUUCCAGUGCAUCUGUAACGCUGGCUUUGAAAUCAGUCCUGAUGGGAAGAACUGCGUCGAUCAUGAUGAAUGUGCCACCACCAACAUGUGCCUCAACGGCAUGUGCAUAAACGAAGACGGAAGCUUCAAAUGUAUCUGCAAACCUGGAUUUGCAUUGGCGCCCAAUGGACGCUACUGCACUGACAUCGACGAAUGCCAGACCUCGGGCAUCUGUAUGAACGGCCGCUGCGUGAACACCGAGGGCUCUUUCCGCUGCGAGUGCCCGCCAGGACUAGCCAUCGAUGUGGACGGCCGCGUCUGCGUGGACACCCACAUGCGCACCACCUGCUACGGCGCAAUAAAAAUGGGCACAUGUUCGCGUCCGUUCCCCAGGGCGGUGACAAAGUCGGAAUGCUGCUGCGCCAACCCAGAACACGGCUUCGGAGAACCCUGCCAACCCUGCCCCGCGUUCAACUCCGCUGAGUUUCAGGCAGUGUGCAGCAGCGGACCUGGAAUCACCGCAGAUGGACGAGACAUCAACGAAUGCGCUUUGGAUCCGGACAUCUGUCAAAACGGGAUCUGCGAGAACUUGCGCGGAAGCUACCGUUGCAUCUGUAACAUCGGUUAUGAAUCUGACGCUAGCGGCAAAAAUUGUGUGGACAUUAACGAGUGUUUGGUGAAUCGGUUGUUGUGCGACAACGGCAUGUGUAGAAACACGCCAGGAAGUUACACUUGCACCUGCCCCAAAGGAUUCUCCUUUAAGGCCGAUUCGGAGACUUGCGAAGACGUCAACGAAUGCGACUCCAACCCUUGCAUUAACGGCGUGUGCCGCAACAUAGCCGGUUCAUUCAGUUGCGAAUGUUCCCAUGGUAGCAAGCUGGACUCCACCAACACCAUCUGCGUAGACAGCAUGAAAGGAACCUGCUGGCUAAACAUCCAGGACGGCCGCUGUGAGGUGAAUAUCAACGGGGCCACGCUAAAGUCAGAGUGUUGCUCUACGCUCGGGGCGGCCUGGGGAAGCCCAUGUGAACGCUGUGAAAUUGAUCCAGCCUGUUCGAAAGGUUUCGCACGCAAGAAGGGACUUGUGUGUGAAGAUAUUAAUGAGUGCGAGGUGUUUCCCGGCAUUUGCACAAAUGGCCGCUGUGUGAACACUCAGGGCUCGUUCCGAUGCGAGUGUCCGGAGGGACUUACCCUGGACGGAGCCGGACGGACGUGUGUUGAUAUCCGAAGCGAGCAGUGUUACAUGAAAUGGGACGAGGACGAGUGCGUGGAGCCAUUACCGGGCCGCUAUCGCGUGGAUAUGUGUUGCUGUACAGUGGGAGCGGCGUGGGGCGUGGACUGUGAGGCCUGUCCCAAACCAAACACACCCGAAUUCAAAACCAUCUGCCCACGGGGACCCGGAAUUGCCAACCGAGGAGACAUCCUGACAGGACGACCCUUCUACAAAGAUGUGAACGAAUGUAAGGUGUUCAAAGGCCUGUGCACUCACGGGACGUGCCGAAACACCAUCGGGAGCUUCAAAUGCCGCUGCGACAGCGGUUUCGCCCUCACCAUGGAGGAGAGGAACUGCACAGAUAUUGAUGAGUGCACCAUCUCUCCGGACCUGUGCGGACACGGCGUCUGCGUCAACACGCCCGGCAGCUUCGAGUGCGAGUGUUUCGACGGCUACGAGAGCGGCUUCAUGAUGAUGAAGAACUGCAUGGACAUCGACGAGUGCGAGCGGGACCCUCUGCUGUGCCGCGGCGGCACGUGUCUCAACACAGAGGGCAGUUAUGAGUGCGACUGUCCUCCAGGACACCAGCUGAGCACUGAAGCCUCUGCCUGUGAAGAUGUGAACGAGUGUGAGCUCAGCGAUAACCUGUGCAGGAACGGUCAUUGUGUGAACAUGGUGGGCACGUAUCAGUGCUCCUGCGACACGGGAUACCAGGUGACGCCCGACAGACAGGGCUGCGUGGAUAUCGACGAGUGCACCAUCAUGAACGGCGGCUGCGAUACUCACUGUACCAACUCCGAGGGCAGCUACGAAUGCAGCUGUAGUGAAGGUUAUGCGCUCAUGCCCGACCUCAGGACCUGCGCCGACAUUGAUGAAUGUGAAGACACACCAGACAUCUGUGACGGCGGUCAGUGUACGAACAUCCCUGGAGAAUAUCGCUGCCUCUGCUACGACGGUUUCAUGGCCUCCAUGGACAUGCGCACCUGCAUCGAUGUGAACGAAUGCGAUCUGAAUCCCAACAUCUGUUUGCACGGCGACUGUGAAAACACGAAAGGCUCGUUCAUCUGCCACUGUCAGCUGGGAUACUUUGUCAAGAAGGGUUCGACCGGCUGCACAGAUAUCGACGAGUGUGAGAUCGGCGCUCAUAACUGCGACAUGCACGCCGCCUGCGUCAACGUUCCCGGCAGCUUCAAGUGCCGCUGCCGCGACGGCUGGGAGGGCGACGGGAUCAAAUGCGUCGAUGUGGACGAGUGCUUGACGGAAGAACACAACUGUAACCCCAACGCCGAGUGCAUGAACACGCCGGGAUCGUACCGAUGCUCCUGUAAGGAGGGAUUCAACGGAGACGGAUUCACCUGCUCCGACAUGGACGAGUGUGCUGACAACGUGAAUCUGUGUGAGAACGGUCAGUGUCUGAACGCUCCGGGCGGAUAUCGCUGCGAGUGUGAGAUGGGCUUCACACCCACCGAAGACAGCAAGGCCUGCCAGGACAUCGACGAGUGUAACUUCCAGAACAUCUGUGUGUUCGGAUCGUGUCAGAAUCUGCCGGGAAUGUUCCGAUGUGUUUGCGACUACGGAUACGAGCUGGACCGCAGCGGAGGAAACUGCACAGACAUUAACGAGUGUUUCGACCCCGUGAACUGCAUCAACGGCGUGUGUGUGAAUCUGCCCGGCAGCUACCUGUGCAACUGUCCGCCCGACUUCGAGCUGAACCCGUCCGGCGUGGGCUGCGUCGACACACGCGUGGGGAACUGCUUCCUGGACACGCUGGACCGCGGCGACGGCGGGAUCUCCUGCAGCGCUGAGAUCGGGGUGGGCGUCACCCGCGCCUCCUGCUGCUGCUCGCUGGGUGGAGCCUGGGGAAACCCCUGCGAACUCUGCCCGGCCAUCAACUCCACCGAGUACAAGACGCUGUGUCCCGGAGGAGAGGGUUUCCGGCCCAAUCCCAUCACUGUCAUCCUGGAGGACAUCGACGAGUGUCAGGAGCUGCCGGGUCUGUGUCAGGGGGGAAACUGCGUCAACACCUUCGGCAGCUUCCAGUGCGAGUGUCCCGCCGGAUACUACCUCAACGAGGAGACCCGCAUCUGCGAAGAUAUUGAUGAAUGUACGGCUCACAUUGGCAUCUGCGGUCCGGGAACCUGCUACAACACGCUGGGAAACUACACGUGCGUCUGUCCGCCCGAAUACAUGCAGGUCAACGGAGGAAACAACUGCAUGGAUAUGAGAAAGAGCGUGUGCUAUCGCAACUUCAACGACACCUGCGAGAACGAGCUUUCCUUCAACAUGACCAAGAAGAUGUGCUGCUGCGCCUACAACGUGGGCAAAGCCUGGAACAGACCCUGCGAGGCCUGUCCCACACCGGCCACAUCCGAGUACCAGCUGUUGUGUGGAAAUCAGGCUCCCGGUUUCAUCAUUGACAUUCUCACUGGAAAACCCAUCGAUAUCGACGAGUGCCGCGAGAUCACGGGAAUCUGCGCGAACGGCGUCUGCAUCAACCAGAUCGGCAGUUUCCGCUGCGAGUGUCCCAUGGGCUUCAGCUACAACAACAUCCUGCUCAUAUGUGAAGAUAUCGACGAGUGCAACAGCGGUGAUAACCUGUGCCAGCGUAACGCCAACUGCAUCAACAUCCCCGGCAGCUACCGCUGCGAAUGUUCGGCCGGAUUCAAGCUUUCACCCAGCGGGGCCUGCGUCGAUCGUAACGAAUGUCAGGAGAUCCCGAACGUGUGCAGUCACGGCGAGUGCAUCGACACUCAGGGCAGCUUCCGCUGUCUGUGCCACAACGGCUUCAAGACCACGCCGGACCAGACCAUGUGCAUGGAUAUCGAUGAGUGCGACCGACAGCCGUGUGGAAACGGCACCUGUAAGAACACCGUGGGCUCCUACAACUGCCUGUGCUUCCCCGGCUUCGAACUCACGCACAACAACGACUGCAUGGAUAUCGACGAGUGCAGCGUUCACGCCAGUCAGGUUUGCAGAAACGGCCAGUGCAUCAACAGCUUGGGCUCGUUCAGGUGUCUGUGUCUGGACGGAUAUAACCUGACGCCGGAGGGCAAGAACUGCGUCGAUAUCAACGAGUGCGUGACGCUGCCGGGCGCCUGUCAGCCGGGAACCUGUCAGAAUCUGGACGGCUCGUUCCGCUGCAUCUGUCCGCCCGGAUACGAGGUGCAGAACGACAAGUGUGUGGAUAUCAACGAGUGCAACGUGGAGCCCAACAUCUGUCAGUUCGGCACGUGCAAAAACACCCCGGGCAGCUUCCAGUGCAUCUGUCAGCCCGGAUUCGUGCUGUCCGACAACGGACGCCGCUGCUUCGACACGCGCGAGAGCUUCUGUUUCACACGUUUCGAAGCGGGCAAAUGCUCCGUCCCCAAACCCCUCAACACCACCAAAGCCAAGUGCUGCUGCAGUCUGCUGCCGGGCGAGGGAUGGGGCGACCCCUGCGAACUGUGCCCGCGAGAGACCGAGGCUGCGUUUCACACGUUGUGUCCCUACGGUCACGAGGCCGUCCCGCGCCCCGAAGGACGUGAGGACAUGAACGAGUGCGUGGAGAACCCGGGCAUCUGCGGAAACGGCCUGUGCAUCAACACGGACGGCUCGUUCCGCUGCGAGUGUCCCUUCGGAUACAACCUCGACUACACCGGCGUCAACUGCGUGGAUACGGACGAGUGCUCGAUCGGAAACCCCUGUGGAAACGGGACGUGCUCAAACGUUCCUGGUGGUUUCGAGUGUUCCUGUCAGGAGGGAUUCGAACCCGGACCCAUGAUGACCUGCGAAGACAUCAACGAGUGCGCUGUGAAUCCGCUGCUCUGUGCUUUCCGCUGCGUCAACACCUUCGGCUCGUACGAGUGCAUGUGCCCGACGGGAUACGUGCUGCGCGACGACAACAGGAUGUGCCGAGACCAGGACGAGUGUGCGGAGGGUCUGGACGACUGCGCCUCCAGAGGAAUGGCCUGCAAAAACCAGAUCGGCACCUUCAUGUGCAUCUGUCCGCCCGGCAUGACGCGCCGUCCCGACGGAGAGGGAUGCAUGGAUCUGAACGAGUGUCGCAGCAAGCCAGGAAUCUGCAAGAACGGCCGCUGCGUCAAUACGGUGGGCAGCUACCGCUGCGAAUGUAACGAGGGUUUCGAGCCGAGCUCCACGGGCACUGAGUGCAUCGACAACAGAAAGGGCUUCUGUUUCACGGAGGUCCUGCAGACGAUGUGCCAGCAGUCGUCCACCAACCGAAACACCGUCACGAAGUCUGAGUGCUGCUGUAACGGCGGCCGCGGCUGGGGCUCGCUGUGUGAACUUUGUCCUCUGCCCGGCACCGUCCAGUACAAGAAGAUGUGUCCGCUCGGACCCGGAUACACCACUGACGGCAGAGACAUCAACGAGUGUGAGGUGAUGCCUAACUUGUGUAAGAACGGCCAGUGCAUCAACAGCGUCGGCUCCUUCCGCUGCCAUUGCAACGUGGGUUACACCAAUGACUUUACCGGCACUUCCUGCAUUGAUAUGGACGAGUGCUCUCAGUCGCCCAAACCGUGUAACUUCCUGUGCAAAAACACCGAAGGCAGUUACCUGUGCUCGUGUCCCAGAGGAUACAUCCUACAGCCUGAUGGGAAGACCUGCAAAGAUUUGGACGAGUGCUCAACCAAGCAACACAACUGUCAGUUCCUAUGCGUCAACACGAUCGGUGGCUUCACCUGUAAAUGCCCUUCGGGCUUCACACAGCACCAGACGGCAUGCAUAGACAACAACGAAUGCAGCAAUCAGCCGAACGUAUGCGGCUCCCGCGCCUCCUGCCUCAACACCCCCGGCAGCUUCAACUGCGAGUGUCAGAAGGGCUUCUCUUUGGAUGCCACCGGAAUCAACUGUGAUGAUGUCGAUGAAUGUGGAGGUAACCACCGGUGCCAACACGGUUGCCAGAACAUGCUGGGAGGAUAUCGGUGUGGAUGCCCGCAGGGAUACGUUCAGCACUACCAGUGGAACCAGUGUGUGGAUGAGAACGAAUGCGCUGGAAACCAAGUCUGUGGGUCGGCGUCUUGCUAUAAUACUCUGGGCAGCUAUAAGUGCGUGUGCCCCUCAGGUUUCGACUUUGAGGCCUCUGCUGGCGGAUGCCAGGAUGUUAAUGAAUGCGCACUGAACAAUAACCCCUGCAGCUAUGGAUGCUCUAACACAGAUGGCGGAUACUUAUGUGGAUGUCCCGGAGGCUUCUACCGAGCAGGACAAGGGCACUGCAUCACAGGAGCGGGCUUCCCGGGUCAGUUUGCCUCAGAAGGCGUGGAUGACGAAGAAGCAUUGUCACCAGAAGCCUGCUAUGAAUGCAAGAUCAACGGUGACCUUGGAAAGAAAGGACGCCAUAGGCGUAAUGCUGGUGAUAAUGAGCUCAAGGAGACGGUGAGCAUGGCCAGCAUGGAUGUUCAGACAUCCAUCCCCAUGAACCUGAGUCUGGCGCAGCUGCAAAACAAGGAACCCCUACUCGAGUUGCUUCCAGCCCUGGAGCCGCUUGAGCACCACGUGCGCUACGUCAUAACGCACGGAAACCAGGGCGAACACUUCCGCAUCUUAGAACGUCGCGACGGCAAGAGCGUUUUGCGGCUGGGCCGGAAGCCACCCCCUCCAGGUUUGUACCGCCUGGAGAUCGCCAGCUUGCGUCUGUUCGGUCCGCGCAAACUUCAGCAAAUGGAGGACCAGCACGACAGCGACUACUUGCUGGGCGAGAUCGGCGAUGCACUGCGCAUCAAGCUGCACAUCCACCUGCACUGAGACUGACCCUUGACCCCGUGCCCUUCACUGCAGGGCGUUGGCUCUGAGAGACUAUGUCCAUUUACCGCCAUGUUUUGGGUUUGUUUUUAUUUGCCGUCCUUUCACGUCAGCCCCUAAUGAUUCCACCAGGUUGGGUGGAAUAUGUACAUAUACCACCUUAAACUAGCAUCAGCACCCACCAGAGGGACAAUCAGAAAUAUCAGCUGUAAGGACGAUUUAAUUUUAGUACAACUGUUACAGUUGUAAACUGUCAAAAUUAUCAUAAAAUGACAUUUCAGUCUUUAGUGCACAUAAAAACGUUGCAUUAUAGAUGAAGAAAAAUAUAAUGACCUUUCACUCAUCUCGAUAUCUCAGUGCAAACUGGGGUCAAAGUUUAUUCCAUUCAGUAUUUAGAGUCAUUUGUCAAGUAUUGUACUGUUUUUGAAGAAAAAAGGUCACACAAAGGACUGCAACAAGUUUUCAGGUUUAAACAAGAGUCGAGGGUUCAGAUUAGAGACUGAAACACGUCUUUUUACAUACGAUUUCUGGAGUGUUUGCAUGUGCUGCCACAUCACUUUACCUCAUUUUACACACAUACACAAGAACACACACAUAUGUACGUACGGCAGUUAGGACAGGAGUGGUGCUAAAUGCUCAAAAUUUGCACUGGGCCUCCUCUGCGUGUUUAAUCAGGGAAUUUCCAUUCCAAAAAUGGCAACGACUGUCCGUGGGGUUUUCGAAUAUGCAUGCGAUGUUGCACAAACUUGGCAUUCGCAUUUGAACCAUUUUCUUCUCCAUGCUUGUGUGCUCUCGUCGGCGUAUUUGACAAAGGCGCGCUUCGCAAACAGAGCACAUACGAAUGGAGAACUGGAAGCCUUAGAGGCCAUUUUUCCGAUUGCAGCUGGAGACGUGCAGUCUCAGUGGUACACAAGGAUUGUUUGGCAAGCCGUUCUCCAAAACACUCCAGAUUUUUAACCUUCAAGUGUGGGAACGACCAACCGACCCUCGUUUCUUAGUUUGUCAGUUAUGGCGAGCCAACCAGGUGCUAAGAUUCCAACUUCCGCUGUACUACGAACUGAUUUGUGGAUCGCAAACGUGACAUUUUCAAAGGUCUUUUGUGUGUUUUAUUUCGUGUGUGAUUGUCUUUUGUACUGUCUCAAUGCUGAAAAAUCAAUACUAUCAAAGCUUGUUGAAAAUUUAAAUUGUAUAUUUUAAAGUGAAAUGUAGAUUUUGUUUGUAUUUCUUCUUCUUCUUCUUUUGUACUCUUGAGCAUCAAGACUGCCAAACCAAAUAUUUACUUGUAAACGUUAGCUAAAUAGCCUUUACGAGCUGUUGACUUUGUUUUUCCUCGGAAUGAUCACAGCAUCUCUAAUUUACUGUCACUGAGCACUAUGUGACAGACGUCACUGUUUACAUGAGCUCAUCCAUCGAUCAUCUAAAUGAAUAAUACUGUAGUUUAUUGCAACGACCGGCAACAUUGGCCUGUUUUCAAGGGCUGUAAACAAAGUAAUUUUGGUGCUAGAACGACAAAACUGUUUCUUGAACAUCACAGUAACUGCACUGUACGACAGCCUGAGCUAUAUUUAUGCAUAACCAUUUGUCUAACAUGGGAACUUUGUAUACGUUCAUAUCUUUUGUUUUUGUUGAUGCCACUACAUGUAAAAGAGCGAAUGUGCGUGACUGUACUGUAUGUCAGAAACCAGCAGCAAACUUGAAACGGUCAUCAAGCUAGUGUUGAGUUACGAACUUCAGACCAAAGAAAGUGGACCGGGUGGCUCAGGAUGUCGUCAAAUCCCAUUGAUGAGGGCGUCCGUAUGAAUGUUUUGAGCCAUAAAGAUCCACGACAGACAAACCUGAGCACCCCGUACACUGCUAACGAGUAAUUCCAAAUGCAUUCUUUUUAUAUCAUUUUCGAUCAUCUGUCAGAUCCAAGCGAUCCGCACAAUGUUUGUGAACAUCUGUACGAAACAACAAAUGGCAAUAAAACAACAUGGGUUAUAUUUUUAAACCUCUGUCUUUCUGUUC